AAGCAUGCACAAGCUCACCCAGCUGGAGAGGUUGGACUUGGGGAGUAACGAGUUCACUGAAGUGGUGAGUGUCUGUCUCUGUCGUGCCCUCGGCUGAACCUCAGUACUCUAAAGUCAGUGGCUUCCUGAAUUGUUGUAAAUGAAUUGAGCUCUCAUUUCUCUCCAUUUCUGUCCCUCUCUCUUUCUCUCUUCCCACUCUUUCUCUCCACUCUCUUUCUCUCUCUUGCCCCUCCCUCCCUACCCCCAGCCUGAGGUAUUGGAGCAGCUCACUGGAAUCAAAGAGCUGUGGAUGGAUGGAAACAGACUGACGUUCCUACCAGGGGUAAGAUGAUGAACCGCCAUUCAACUCCCCACAGGCUUAUUCUUCCUGUGCACUGCCUCGGCUUUCACACCGUCCUACCUACAGUAUGGUGAUGAAACAUUCCCCAGAGACACAAACUGUGUGAAAACUCAAAACUGCUUUGUUCAAGCCAACAUAGUAAGAUAUUAUUAAAGACGUUUUGCUGCCUGUCCAACAUCAUAAGAUUAAUGUUGCAAAUGACGAAUCCACAGACCAAUUAAUCUGUUGGUUCAAAGUCGUGUGAUUCAAACGAUUGUGUUUUGUUGUGAUUCGUCGUCGUCAGCCCAUGUUGUGUUGCGUAAUGCCUCUCGCUCAUGGAAAUGGCCAGCUUGUUUGGUAAAUAGGUCAUAAUUAAUACAUUAGCGCGCCGCAAGCAUUUCGACAGCACCACCACCAACCCCGUAAUCACAUGCUGUUCCUCUGUUAGGAUUAGGAUUACUGACUACUGCCUGGCCUCACUGUAGAACAUUAUUAAAGAAUGCCUCAAACCAUGCCUAGGAACGGUGCGAUGUACACUGCAUUUCACUGCGCUAGUGUUUGUUAUAAUGAAAUUGAAAUUACUGUUUAAUUAUGAAACGAAAUGCUCCUCAAAACAAUGCAGCCAAGGGGCCUCCCGAGUGGCGCAGCGGUCAAAGGCACUGCAGUGCUUGAGACGUCACUACAGAUCCGGGUUCGAUCCCGGGCUGUGUUGCAGCCGGCCGCGACCGGGAGACCCAUGAGGCGACGCACAAUUGGCCCAGCUUCGUCCGGGUUAGGGGAGGGUCUAGCCAGCCGGGGAUGUCCUUGUCCCAUCGCGCUCUACCGACUCCUGUGGCAAGCCGGGCGCAUGCACACUGACACGGUCGCCAGUUGUACAGUAUUUCCUCCGACACAUUGGUGCGGCUGACUUCCGGGUUAAGCGAGCAGUGUGUCAAGAAGCAGUGCGGCUUGGCAGGGUCGUGUUUCGGAUGGACAAGACUGUAUCUACCAAUUUGGAUAUCACAAUAAUAAAAAAUAAAGAAAACAACGCAGCCAGACCAUUCUUUCUCCUUUCCUUUUGUCUUUCCUUCUUUCCCGUGUUCAGGCUCAUGUUAGGUUCUACUUUUGUGGAUCUGUUUGUGUUUGUGUGUACACGUUUGACUAUACUUGUGAGUACCAGAAGUCCUCAUUUUUUCAUAACAAACACUAUUUUAGGCUUUAGGGUUAGAGGUUAGGGAAAACAAUAUUUGCUCCCCAAAAAGUCCUCACAAGUAUUGUAAGACAUAGCUGUGUGUGUGUGUGUGGGUAUGAGGUGGUGAAUGGUGAUUAAGGACAGUGAGCCCCUGAAACCUCCCCUCAGCCUGUACUGGAACAUUGAUUUGUUUAAUCAAUGUGGAGGGAAGGGUUAGUGUGUCACACACAAAUGUACAAAGACACUGAGAUUGCAAGCUUUCAGGUUCCUGUGUUCAGAUUGGUCAGGCCAGGGGUAUUCCUGUGACUGUUUUAAUUCUGAGUUAAUUCUGAGUUCAAUUAACACCGUCAGCCCCGCCCCCUCGCCGCAAUCCUCUCUGUUACUCUUUUCAAUGUGCUUGCCCUCACGCAUGUGUGUGUUCUCCAGAGGCUGGGCACUCUGAAGCAGCUGACCUACCUGGACGUGUCCAAGAACAACCUGGAGAUGGUGGAUGAGCAGAUCUGUGGCUGUGAGAGCCUGCAGGACCUGCUGCUGUCUAACAAUGCCCUCACACAGCUGCCAGGAUCCAUAGGUGAGUGGCUACACACACACACACACACACACACACACACACACACACACACACACACACACACACACACACAGACUGGCACAUAUAUACACACAUACCGACAAAGACAGGGCUCCCGAGUGGCGCAGCAGUCUAAGGCACUGCAUCUCAGUGCUUGAGGCGUCACUACAGACCCCCUGGUUCGAUUCCAGGCUGUAUCACAACCGGCCGUGAUUGGGAGUCCCAUAGGGCGGCACACAAUUGGCCCAGCGUCGUCCGGGUUUGGCCGGUGUAGGCCGUCAUUGUAAAUAAGAAUUUGUUCUUAACUGACUUGCCUAGUUAAAUAAAGGUUAAAUAAAAUAAAAAAAGACAGAUAGACCGGCACGAAUACACAAACACCCACACAUAGUGCCCAUCUCUUUACCACAUGAUAAAGGCAGUAUGACAUAGCUCAGUGACCUCAAGCCAAGCCAUUGUUGAUGUGUGUCUAAUGAACAUGGUUGGUUGUUGGAGGUGAAGCGGAAUAUUGGCUUUAAUUGAAUCUCAUUCUGGAAUGAAUGACUCGCCUAGAUGCAUAUUGAAGAAGUGGACUUCCAGAAGCAUGAUGCUUUACCAAAGCUGUUUUCUGUUCCAUCCCCCAUUUUAUAUUUAUAUGGUAUGAAUAUCUAAAUAUCUGAUAACAUUUUACGGGGAUAUGUGUUCAUGGCAGCCCUCUUGGAAUUGUAUGUCUAAGCAUUCAGCUGUUCGUAAAACCAGUCAUAGUAUUGUUGUUGGUAUUAAUUAUUAAUCUGUUGCAUUACUGGAAUGGAUGCUCCUCUUUUUGUGAUCCAGCUGAGAUUCAGAAUCAAUUUCUGUGUGCACUGUAGUGGUGUGUUACCUAAUGUGCUAUUUAUCUUUAUUUCUCUCGUCCUACCCCUCUCUCUCUCUCUCUCUCUCUCUCUCUCUCUCUCUCUAGCGUCUCUCUCUCUCUCUCUCUCUCUCUCUCUCGCUCUCUCUCUCUCUCUCUCUCUCUCCCCCCCCUCUCUCUCUCUCUCUCUCUCUCUCUCUCUCCCCCCCCACUCUCUCGCUCACUACCCCUCUCUCUCUCUACCCCACUCUCUCUUUCUACCCCACUCUCUCACCCCCACCCCCCCCCUUUCUCUUUCUCCCUCUUCCUCCUUCCUCCCCUCCCUCCCUCUUCCUCCUUCCCUCCCUCCAUCUCAGGCUCCCUGAAGAAACUAACCGCCCUGAAAGUGGAUGAGAACCAGCUCAUGUAUCUGCCCGACUCUGUCGGAGGGUGAGUGCUACUCAGUACUACUACAGCCAUCGUUUUAAAACAACCAGACCCAUCCUGAUUGGUUUGCAUUGAUCCUCAUCUAAUCAUAUCACAGAACGCUGCAGUACAGUACACCAAUAUAGGGCUAGGUUUGAUUAAUUGACCUAAGCCCCUUGUCCCAUUGACCUCAUUCUACACGUGCCAGAUAUGAGACGAUUCAUGGUCGUCGGUGGAUUGUAGGGGUUGAGGCGUUAGUCCCAAUGAUUUAGGUGAGUGAACUAAGCCUGGCUGCCCUAUUGUGGAUGGGUAUGAUUGUAGUCCUGACCCCAGGAACCUCUUAAUACCGUAUUGACUGAUUAAAGCCUCCGUUUAAUUCUGCUUCGCCAAUAUUCAACUACGACAGGUGAGGCCAGCUGUUGGCGGUUGACUGCUGUUUCCGGGUGACACGGAGGUCAAUACAGGCUGGGACUUGACCAAGUUUAGACUUGACCUCUGUAGAAGAAAAGGAAAAGCCACACACUCUAAUAGCGCCAAUGCAAUCAUUUACCAACGCAAGACUUGAACUCUGACUAUAGACGUGAUCAUCCAUAUGGAGCGACAAAGACAUUACAUUUUAAUCCAUCAACAUAGUAUGUGUGGUAGCCAACUAGCAUUUAAAGAACUACAGUGAUGAAUUGGCAACUAGGUUUAUACAUUUGAUAUGUUUUAUUAAAAAAACUUCUGGGCAGGAUUAUAAAUAUGUGAUUGCAAGGGGAACCGUGGUUUAAUUCCAGACCAGGAUUGUAAAGCAUACUGAUUAAAUGCAUUUAAUUUUGUAUUUUGUUAAUUUGUUUUACAUUUUGAUUUGUGUUCUACGUCCUACACUCUUGUUGGUCCCUGGUCUUGACUUCUGAGCAUACUGAUUUAAAUGCAUUUAAUCUUGUAUUUCAUUCAAUUUGCUUUAUCUUGAUUUGUGUUCGACGGCCUACACACUUGUUUGUCCCUGGUCUUGACUUCUGAGCAGUGGAAUCUGAUCUUUACUCGGUUGCUAUAGAGAAUAUGGAGAAUGAUAGAGGAGAACAACUUGUGUUCUAGUACUAUCAGCUAUUAUUAUCCCACAGCCUUUGGUGACUGGCCAGCUAGCAGGAAGUCCAUCUCACUUUGCCUUUAGACAUUUUUCAUCCCACAGAAAUCCCCAGCUGCAUAUGAGCCUUUUCUCCUAGCUUCUCUGUUUUCAAUGGAACUUUAUUGUCAGUUUUUCUGGGAAAUUGAGAUUUGUCGUCUGCCUUUUCCCAACCCAUGCAUGCAUGCACGCACAUGCGUACACACACACAAACAUACUGAGAGGCACAGGGUCAACUGCAGCAGGAUGCGUACUCAGAGCAUGCACCGACCAGCUGGCAAGUGUCUGCGCUGACAUUUUCAACCUCUCCCUGGCCCAGUCUGAAAUACGUACAUGUUUCAAGCAGACCACCAUAGUUCUACAGCUCAGUGUUCAACACCAUAGUGCCCUCCAAGAUCAUCACUAAGCUCAGGACCCUGGGGCUCAACACCUACCUCAGCAACUGGAUCCUGGACUUCCUGAUGGACCGCCCCCAGGUGGUUAGGGUAGGCAACAACACUUCCACCAUGCUUACCCUCAACACGGGGGGCUGCUCAGGGGUGCAUGUUUAGUCCACUCCUGUACUCCCUGUUCACCCAACACCAUUAUUAAGUUUGCUGACGACGUGCCGGUAGUAGGCCUGAUCACCGACAACGAUGAUGCAGCCUGUAGGGAGGAGGUUAGUGACCUGGCAGUGUAGUGCCAGGACAACAGCAUUUCCCUCUAAGUCAGCAAGACAAAGGAACUGAUCGUGGACUACAGGAAACUGAGGGUCGAGCAUGCCCUCAUCGACAUUGACGGGGCUGUAGUGGAGCGAGUUGAGCGUUUCAAGUUUCUCAGUGUCCACAUCACUAAGGAAUGAACAUGGUCCACACACACCAACACAGUCGUGAAGAAGACACGACAACGCCUCUUCCCACUCAGGAGGCUGAAAAGGUUUUUGGCCCUCAGAUCCAAGUUCUACAGCUGCACCAUUGGCUGCAUCACCGCUUGGGAUGGUAACUGCUUGGCAUCUGACCGCAAGGUGCUACAGAGGGUAGUGCGCACGGCCCAGUACAUCACUGGGGCCGAGCUCCCUGCCAUCCAGGACCUCUAUGCUGCUGCUACUGUUUGUCCUGUUGCCUAGUCACUGUACCCCUAGCUAUAUGUACAUAUCUACCUCAAUUACCUCGUACACAUCGACUCAGUACUGGUACCCCGUGUAUAUAGCCACGUAUCUUUACUCAUUGUGUAUUAUUCCUGGUGUUAUUUUUGUAGUAUUUUUCUAUUUCUAUCUUCUCUCUGCAUUGUUGGGAAGGGCCCGUAAGUAAGCAUUUCACUGUUAGUCUACACCUGUUGUUUAAGAAGCAUGUGACAAAUACAAUUAAUUGAUUGCCUGUGCCCAGGGUUCCAAAUUAACGUUUUUCAUUGGUAGCACUGGUGCUCCCAAAUGUUUUAAAGUUAGUAGCAUCACAUGAAAUUUAGGAGCCCCAGAAUGUUUUGAUUUUAUUGAUUGAGAUAGUCUAUAUUGAGCCUGUAUGAAUUCUAGCUACUUUUGAAGCACAUGUUGUGCCCUAGAGACGAAUAUGUAACACUGUAAAUACUUUAGUUUAUUAUAAAAGCUAAAGUGUGGAUACGAAUACCUGUCAUUGAAAUUACAAAGUAAUUUGUGGAAUAUUAGGUUUCGACAUUGUGUAAAAGCGCUAUUGUCCUAUUGAGAUGCAUUACAUUGAAAAUUGUACACGGUCUCUUUAAAAACGUCCGGUUUGUGAUGAAGACAUGCAAGGAUCUGUCAUUCAUGCUUUGCUAUGAUCAUUCAUUUCCAGAAGAAGCUAUCCCUUUUCCUUUCUUUCUGUGCCCCCAGAUGUUUGGAUAUACUGGUGAAGUUACCAGGUUCUCCUUUAGGGCACUUGGAAACAAUGGUACAGCGAAGCCUUAUCAUUACAACAAUUAUUAUCUGGGAGAUGUUUUUUUGGGUCCUCUGUGCUCCCAAAAUAAAACUGCUGGUCGAACAGCAUAUUUGGUCGCAUAUGCUUAACCUAAUGUAACUCAGGCUUAACCUAACAUAACAGGCGUAAAAUAACCCCCAGAAACUAGAUCCCCCUACAUACUGGUCUUGACGAGAAGGGAAAAAAAACUAUUGGGGGGGGUUCUCUUCUGCACUGUUUAACCAAUCCAGUAAAUGUGGAGGAGGAGUUAAGAUGGAGUGUCGCCUUGUUAACGUCCAAAAGCGGAAGUCGCGUCACAUGCUAUCUUUCCAUUUCCCCUCAAGAACCGGAACAUCCGGUUGAUUGAUUGGGACUCAGCAGAGGCUACUCUGGCUCAAAUCCUGCUUAAAUUCCACGUGAACCAUCUAUGCGCAGGCGCAGUAUGUAUUUUCAUAUUAAUGCUGGAAUAAAAACGCCAGAUCUAUUCAGAGUAUGCUAGCUUGCAUAUUCCUGAGCAAAACAGAAUAAUGAGAACCAGAUACAGUAUUGAAGAGUUUCGGAUAUAGAAUAACCUCUUCUCCAGCGAGUCUUCUAGUCACAGAAUAAUCAUUCACUCUUUUUUCAUGAAUAAUAUGCCGUAUAGUGCAGUCCUAGAUAGUUAUGGCAGCUGACAGUUAAGACAGAAGUAGGGCUUAUGUUAGUCAGAGGUAGGCCAUUUGACAGGGGCCAAAGAUUCUAAGGACUGUUGGCUAGUUCGAGCAAAAUACCUUUUUAGGACUUCCCUCACUAUGGUAUAAAACUGUCUCACGUCCCUCGCGAUAAAUCGCCUCUAGAAUCAAUUAAUCAACCAAAUGAAAUGCCCUCCCCACACUAAACACCUUUUUUUAUCUUUUCCUCCUUUUCUGCCUGUCCUCCUCCUUUCCCUCUGUUUCUUCUUCCUCCUCCUCUUGUUCUUCCUCUGUAGGCUGGCAGCCCUGGAUGAGCUGGACUGUAGUUUUAACGAGAUUGAGGCUCUGCCAUCCUCCAUCGGACAGUGUGUCAGCAUACGCACCUUCGCCGCUGACCACAACUUCCUCACACAGCUGCCCCCAGAGGUGAGCAUUGGGCUCACACAGUGUGUUUGCGAGUGUUGGUGUUUGUGUGUCGGUGUGUGUCUGUGUUAUUAUGUGCCCGCUGUGCUGUGUGCUUAUGUACAAAAUAUCAAUUGUGUGUUGGGUGUGUCCGCGUACAUCAACUUAUCGUGUCCGGCCCCAGCUGUGUGCUGAUGUCCUAUCCCUCCUAUCCCCACAUCACUCAGAUGGGCAGCUGGAAGAGUGCCACUGUGCUGUUCCUGCACUCCAACAAGCUGGAGUCUCUGCCCGAGGAGAUGGGAGACAUGACCAAGCUCAAGGUCAUCAACCUAAGUGACAACAAGUGAGUCUAGCCUUCCUGUCUCUACUCCUCAGCCCGGUGGCAGUCCAGUCAGAUUGUCAAUGCAAUCUGGAAAGCAGCCAGGCAGGCAGGCAGGGGACCAGAGGUGAUGGGUCUCUUUUAUUUUUAUUUACAAAAUCUGUCAUUCUUCAUACACAGUCUUAUCCAGGUUUGGCGCAACUCUCCCAUGUCGCAUCCCCCGUACUCAUGUUUUGCCCCCCCCCCCCCCCAUCUCACCCCGCUACACUCCUUAUCCCAGCUAAGACAGGGGAACAAUAAUCACAUAACACAGGGGUUACAAAUGAGUAUACGGUAGGCGUUGUUGAAAAUGUGACUACAGUGGCAGCGCAAAUUAAUCUGUAGUACAUUUACAUUUACGUCAUUUAGCAGACGCUCUUAUCCAGAGCGACUUACAAAUAGGUGCAUUCACCUUAUAGCCAGUGGGAUAACCACUUUACAAUGUAAUUUUAUUUAUUUAUUUUUUGGGGGGGGGUGGUUGGAGUAAAGGGGGGGGAUGUGGGGGGGUAGAAGGAUUACUUUAUCCUAUCCCAGGUAUUCCUUAAAGAGGUGGGGUUUCAAAUGUCUCCGGAAGGUGGUGAGUGACUCGUACUAGUGGCAUAGAGGUAACACAUUUGUCAGAGUUGAAUGAAGAGUCACAGAUGCUGCAGGAGAGGCUACGCAUACGUUCUCUCUCUGCAAGGGAGGUGUGACACAUUUCCACACACACAGUAUUUACUUUACUUAGUCUAGUUCACAUGCAGCUGAAACUGGGAUGUUUAUGAAUAAAACAAAUGGUUGAAAAACCAUAAGCGGUACCCUGGCAAAAGCCCAAACUACAUAGCAUCACGUUAACCCAAUCUUUCAUCUGUGGAACAUUAAGACACAAUGCAUUACGGCAACUUUUGUAUUGUUGUGAACAUCACUCAAAUCAAUUUGAUCGCUAACUUUUCCCAUUGUUUCUGGUGUUCUCAGAGGGUUUAAUUGGAGCGCUCGAACAGUCGACACUAGUUUAACACAGUAGUUAAAAUAGCAGCAGUCUACCAGCUGCUCCCUUUAUUGUGCAAAGCCACUCUACCGUUGCCACAUGGUGCCUUGUAAAACAUGUCCUUCCAGCUUAUUGGAACCAGCGCUGGCAGCAGAGCAAUCUCCCUCUGCUGUGCCUGCCACCAAAGUGGAUUAUAUAAGGUGCUGAAAACACACACAUGGGCUGUGUGUGAACAAUGGGGAAAAAUAAUCAGAAUGCAUUCCCCAACUUUGCGGACAAACACACUUACACACACUCCCUGAGACCCUGGAAGUGAAUCAUUUGGUGCAUAAUGAUACAGGCGUUAAAGCCUCGGACCAGGAAGAUAACAUUUGGACCAGGAAGAUUGAGUGGGUUGAUUUCAGAUGCUCACAAAACCCCUAUUCCUUCCUGAUGGUGGUUAUUUCCAGGUGUUUUUCCAGGCAAGGCCACAGACACUCUAGCCGCUCCGGUCCUCUCACUGCCAGCAGCUCUAAAUAGAUUUGACCAUGACUCAGCAGUAACCCUGCAGCCUGCUGUAAAUUAGUUCCCAUCCUCCAGUUUUUACAGAGCGAAAGAGACCUAUUACCCCGGGACCACUCAUUUGUCAUUACCACUUUGGCCUUGGAGACACAUUGACACAGCACCUGUUUCCUACCUGUUCAAGAUCAAGCUUUAUUUAUACAGCACAUUUCUGACAUGAAAUGCAACACAAUGUGCUUCACAAGAAAAAACGAAUAAAAACAAUGAACAUUUUUACUACACAACAAACAUAAGAGGAUAGUUUAUCUGAUUCUCUGUGCACUUUAGAAAGUUCUCCUGUAGAUGUUAGAUCAAUGGCACUCAAAGAUUUGGGCCAUUAUUUAUAUUGGACAGCAGUGUGUUAAAGUGUGGUUAAAGUUAUUAUGCAUGCAUAAACAUGGUCAUGUCUCAUAUUACACCCUAUUCUCUAAAUAGUGCUUUUGGUUGUUAGUUGUUAUCUGUCCCAUAUCUUUCUCAGGUGGAUAAUGUGCAGGGUGACUUUAACUGUAAUACUUUCUCUGUGUUUGUGUCUCCAGGUUGAAGAACCUUCCCUACAGUUUCACCAAGCUCAACCAGAUGACUGCUAUGUGGCUGUCUGAGAACCAGGUGUGUACACAGCCUCUUGGCUUUCACUUCCACCAUGGGGCUUUCAGUACUUUAUACUGUAUUCCAUGUAGGCUUAUUUCUUUACUCGUAGGGAAAUCUCUGUUAAUUGUUUGUAUGGAGCAUCAACGUGCUUGUUGUACGACCCUCUUGUUUCAAAAGCCUCCCUGCAGUAUCAUGAGAAUGCGAUGAGUGCGAGGGAGAUCUGUAAUUGAAUGUCUGACGCACACACACACGAGUGGUCUCUGUGCUGCACUCAAACGUGUGAGAGGCAGUGCACUUCCAUGUCUCUCUACUUCUCAAACGGCGUAAUAAAAAAUGCCAAACCCCUACAGUAACUCCAGAUACCAUGCCAUGGCAUAUUUAGUCUCUUGUGAUUAUUUAGGCCCAACAAUCAGCCAGUGCUGACGGAGGCAUUGAUAGCGUUACCCACUGUUACCUCACACACGAUGGUGGUCAUUGUGGAAAGCAUGGGGAUUGGUGGUAAUUUUCUGGGGCAAGAAAACGAGCGACCAAGUGUAGUGGUGCAACCCGCAGCUCCUGACAGCCAGCCAUGGACUAAUCCCAUUGGAUAGAGUACAACCUGCCAAAACUCAGAUUAAACGCAAUAAAACACUUCCAUGGCAUCUAAUCCUACAGACACACCAUAUGGCACAGGGGGCCUUUCUCUAAAGCUGAAAACUAAAAGCCACUGAUCACUUGCUGUGUUGAGAAGAUUUGACCAGAGCGGGAGAGAGCGAGAGGCUCUCUCUAAAACAAAAAAGCAUGUUUUGAUUGAAUAUAGGUGGAUGGACACAUGUUAUUCCAGCAACCCGCUUUUUCAGAGCACCCCUAAAGAAUAAUAAAUGUUGUAAUUGUAGCCCUGUGCCCAGAGCAGGAGUGCUAAUUUAGGAUCAGUUUUGCCUUCCAGAUCACAAUGAAUAAGACUGGAGGGACAGGAUCCUAGAUCAGCAAACUUUGUGAAAACGGUUCCAGUUCUUUCCCAGUGGGUUCUGAUUAGGAGUGUGUGGCAAUGUGAUCAGGGGCUAACUCCUGCCAGCUGGGUUCUUUAUUGAUUGUUAUCUAAUGUAGUUUGAGAGCCAAACAUGCGCACGCACACACACACACACACACACACACACACACACACACACACUACAGAGUGUUUAAUGAUCAACCCAGAUGUCUCUGGUUGAGGGCAGACAGGUGGAGGAAUGCAACCUGGUAAAUAAAUGUACAGUGCAUUCGGAAAGUAUUCAAUCCCCUUCCCUUUUUCCACAUUUUGUUACGUUACGGCCUUAUUCUAAAAUUGAUGUAAUUUUUUUCCUCAUCAAUGUACCCCAUAAUGACGAAGCAAAAAACGUUUUUUAAAUUGUUUUGAAAAUGUAUACAAAAUAAAAAAACGGAAACAUAACAUUUACAUAAGUAUUCACACCCUUUGCUGAGAGACUCGAAAUUGAGCGCAGGUGCAUCCUGUUUCCAUUGAUCAUCCUUGAAAUGUUUCUACAACUUGAUUGGAGUCCACCUGUGGUAAAUUCAAUUGAUUAGACAUGAUUUUGAAAGACACAUACCUGUCUAUAUAAGGUCCCACAGUUGACAGUGCAUGUCAGAGCAAAAACCAAGCCAUGAGGUGGAAGGAAUUGUCCGUAGAGCUCCGAGACAGGAUUGUGUCGAGGCACAGAUCUGAGGAAGGGUACCAAAAAAUGUCUGCAGCAUUGAAGGUCCCCAAGAACACAGUGGCCUCCAUCAUUCUUAAAUGGAAGAAGUUUGGAACCACCAAGACUCUUCCUAGAGCUGGCCGCCCAGCCAAACUGAGCAAUCGGGGGAGAAGGGCCUUGGUCAGGGAGGUGACCAAGAACCCGAUGGUCACUCUGACAGAGCUGCAGAGUUCCUCUGUGGAGAUGGGAGAACCUUCCAGAAGGACAACCAUCUCUACAGCACUCCACCAAUUGGGUAUUUAUGGUAGAGUGGCCAGAUGGAAGCCACUCCUCAGUAAAAGGCACAACAGUUUGGAGUUUGCCAAAAGGCACCUAAAGGACUCUCAAACCAUGAGAAAACAAGAUUCUCUAGUCUGAUGAAACCAAGAUUGAACUCUUUGGCCUGAAUGCCAAGCGUCACGUCUGGAGGAAACCUGGCACCAUCCCUAAGGUGAAGCAUGGUGGUGGCAGCAUCAUGCUGUGGGGAUGGUUUUCAGCAGCAGGGACUGGGGGACUAAUCAGGAUCGAGGGAAAAGAUGAACAGAGCAAAGUACAGAGAGAUCCUUGAUGAAAACCUGCUCUAGAGCGCUCAGGACUUCAGCCUGGGGCGAAGGUUCACCUUCCAACAGGACAAUGACCCUAAGCGCACAGCCAAGACAGCGCAGAGUGGCAUCGGGACAAGUCUCUGAAUGUCCUUGAGUGGUCCAGCCAGAGCCGGACUUGAACCCAAUCUAACAUCUCUGGAGAGACCUGAAAAUAGCUGUGCAGCGAUGCUCCCCAUCCAACCUGACAGGGUUUUAGAGAAGAAUGGGAGAAAUUCCCCAAAUACAGGUGUGCCAAGCUUGUAGUGUCAUACCCAAGAAGACUCUAGGCUGUAAUCGCUGCCAAAAGUGCUUAAACAAAGUACUGAGUAAAGGGUCUGAAAACGUAUGUAAAUGUGAUAUUUCAGUUUAAAUUUUUUAGUUUUUUAGUUUAAAAUUCAAAAAAACUGUUUUUGAUUUGUCAUUAUGGGUUAUUGUGUGUAGAUUGAUGAGAGAGAGAUUUUUUAAAAUCAAUUUUAGAAUAUGGCUGUAACGUAACAAAAUGUGGAAAAAGUCGAGGGGUCUGAAUACUUGUUGAAUGCACUGUAUUCAUCGUCAGACCUGAAGGGAUUUCCUCCUCUUGCCUAGGGCUGGGCGAAAUGGCCUCAAACGUAUGGCCAAAAUUAUAUAUAUAUGUUUUCUCUAAAAACACUGUGAAAUUGUGAAAUUAUACCUGGGCUAAUAAUGUAAUUAUUUUAUCAAAAUAGUUUAACCUGCUUUUUUGAAAUAAUCACUGAUCUGACUUUCAAGUCUGUCUAUGACAAUGACCUUUUGGUUAAACAUUCAACCAGAACAAUGCGUAAUGCACUUUCACUUCUUGUAACAGGCAUUAUAGAACAUGAACACAGGUCUCAUAAACAAUAUCUCAAGCACAAGCCCACAUGCUAGUUGGUAGCCAGCUAAUAUUUAUAGGAAGUUUAGCCAACUUGGAUUGAUUUGUUAGCUAACAAGGCAGAACAGUUGAAUUAUGAACUCACCCCUCUGUCCGUCUCCAACCGUUUGAACAGCAUGCUAGCCUGUCCACUUUGUUCAGAAGUUGAAAUCAAGUGGCCUACCUUAUUUCUCAGAAUGAGAACGAGUUGCCAUUUCCUUAUAUAAUUGUGUUUUAUGCUUAUUGCACAUUUAUAAAACAAAGACAUCUAGUAUAACAGUCUUUGGCUAAAAUGUAGCGGUACCAACUGAGCAUUAAUUUUCCAGAAUCAAUGUUCAUUGAUACUCCCGUUUUAGUAGUCUGCUCUGCGUGCAAUUUGUGCAGUUGAGACAUAAGUGGUAUCGUUAGAAAGGUGAACUUCUCCUUUAUGUUCAUAUGACCGAUUCUGUUGGACCAAACCUCAAAUGCAAAUAGCGAGUUGAAACCGCUUGUCAGAGGAAGAAGGGAUCUCUCAUCUUUGUUGUGCAAGUGGCAGGGGGAGGGGCUUGGUGUGUUUGCGUGUGAAAACCGAGGAAGAGGCGAAGCGAGAGGUUUCACUCUCACUAGAAUAAGGCCAAUGUGUUUCUGAAUUAUUUAGACAAUGAUUUCAAGGCUAUAGCCUACAAAGAAAUACAUUGUGAAGCAUUUGCGAGUGAGACACAAUAGGCUGGUAGGGACAUAAAGGGCUCAGCAUUUAAACAACAUUUUGUUGUAUUCAAUCAUUAUAGUCUAUACAUUUUGCAUAUAGGCUGUGACUUACUUAGAAUGAAAUACAAAUUAAACGAAAAAUUACUAAUUAGUGCCUUUGAAUUCAUUUUUAGAAACACAAGUUUGGCCAGUCUGUGGCUUCAGGCUCAUGCGAUGGUGCCUGGAGAGCAGGCCAGCAGCGGAGAAUAUCCUCUCCAUGCUUGCAGAGCCACUGGGGAUGAUAAACACCCCUUUGGCCACUCUUGCCAGGCUGGGCAGAGAUGCAGAGUUGUUUUUUUUAUUUUUCUAUAGGUAGGCCUAAAGGUUUUUUGUCAAAAUAACCCAAUCAAAAUGAAAAGCUCCUUGAACGUGGGAAUAUGCCAGGCCUAUUGGGUCAAAAUCAAUUAUGGCCUGUUGUAUAGAUAAUAGAACAAAAAUGAACUAAACAUUUAAGAGAUCAGAUUUUUUGUUUUUAAAUACUUUGCUUCAAUGGCACACUUAGUUAUCUUCCCACCUUGUUCCUUUCUUUUAGCAUGUAGUAAGUAUACAUCAUGCUUUCGGGAUACGUGUCUUUUCAGAUUCCACAAUGAUUCUUUAGUUGUUGACACUACAUCACCGCACUCUCUCUCUUGCUCCUCAUCCUUGAUUUAGCACCUGUGUAUUUUAUCAGUUUCUUUAUGAAAAUAUUUAGUGAACUCCAUGACAGUAGCUAAAGCAAGGGGCUAUAGCAGCACACAAGUAGACUACAAAUGCAUGCUGGGGCGGGCAUGCCCCGAGCUUGUGAAGUGAGUGCUAUUGGAGCGGGUGAGAAGGCCGACACUCCAGCCUUUGGGAAUCUCGCUCUGCGCUCCAGUCAAAUUGAGCAUGCUCCGCUCCAGCUCCGCUCACAUACUCUGGCGGAGACAAGAGCAUCUCGUCAUUAUAUACAGAUCUUUGGUGUAAAUGGGAAGGUGCACACAGCACAGAAGGAGCGAAGGAGACAAGACCAAAAAGACAACAUGAGAACAAGCAGACAUAAAGGCUCAUAAAAACAAAAAAAUAACUUGGUUCUUGCGAUACAGGCAUUUGGAAUAUCGCGCAAAAACAUACAUUUGAAUUCAUUUCAUAUAUCGCCCAGCCCUACUCCUGUCACACCAGCCGUCCUCCAAAGAAAUACAGCUCUGAUCAUCUACUAAUGUUACUGUCCAAAGCCUUUAGUAGGUUUGGAAACCAAAUGAAAUUGAUGAUUUCCACCAGUGAAUGUUUGUCACCGCCUAUUUCUAAAAUGUAUCUUCUUAAAAUGUGAUUUGAAACCUAAUCUUAACCACACUGCUAACAUUAUGCCUAACCUAAAUAAUGAUUUAGCCUAUUUUUUUAUUUGUGGCUGUGGUAACUAGUGACAACCCCCAGUGAAUACAUAUCCAUGAAAGAUUCCUAUGACUGUCCUCUCCCUUGCUUAUUUGACCAACUAUUACUUUGUCAGGAAGAUGCAAUUUCUUGUCGUUUUCAUAAGCCAUAAGGAUAUUCAACAUUUACUAUUACACCACUGUCUUAUAUGGUCUCUUUCUUUCUCCCCUCCCUCCACAGUCGAAGCCACUCAUCCCUCUGCAGAAGGAGGAGGAUCCAGAGACCCACAAGACGGUUCUCACCAACUAUAUGUUCCCCCAGCAGACCAGGACAGAGGACUGUGAGUACUAGACAACCUAAGGCCUACUAUCUGUGGGCUAGGCUCUGUUCACUUUUACAAUACAUCCUACACUAGACAACCUAGACCAGGGGGAAUUUUAUCUCGUGAAAAUACUGUAAAUAUGCUACAGGAGAGAUGUUACUUUCUGAUUUAAAAACCUACCAACGAAGGAAAUAUUUUUCUCCAUUGAUUAAUUGAAAUACCAACAUCAAGCCCCACAAUACAUUGAAUAAUGAAACCAAGAUACACAAGUAUUAUAAUCAAACAGAAGGUUGGAUUGAAAUCAAUAUAUUAUUAUACUGUGUAGGGCAGCCCAACCCCCAAAGUGACUCUUUACACUCUAUUGAAAAGGUGUUAUUAUCUUCUCAGGAAUUCAGCCUUCUCUGUGUUGCUCUUGCCAUCCUCCAUUGUCUCACACCUCUGGGUAGCAGAGGGUUUUGGUGUGAUGACAUCCUGCAGGUCUGAUAUCUGAUUGGAGGUUAACUCAACAGUAAUGCUAUUGGUCAACAACUCCGAUUUUGAAUCCAAGGAAUUUAUAAAGCGGUCUUGGAUUCAUUGUCACUUUCUCUUUGUUCCUGACCUGCUGUAGUGAGAUACUCUCUCUUCUCUUUCUUUCUUUAGAGAUGCGCUCUAAAGCCAGCCAGCCAAACUAACAGCCUUACGCCUGCUACGAGGCGUCCGCAUGGUCCUAAAGCCUACCCAUUGUUAAACUGCAUAAAUGUUCCUUUUGGAAAUAAUACUAGUAUUUCUGAUUUUUUUAUUUUUUUACAAAUAUACAGCUCUGGAAAAAAUUAGAGACCACUGCACAUUUUUUUAAAAUCAGCAUCUCUACAUGUAUGACAGCCAUUCCAGUGUCUGUUGAAUUCCAACACAGACACACCUCAUUCUACUGAAUUAGGUACUGAUCAGGUGAUCACCUGAACCAAAUCUUAUUUAACAAGGAAAAGUAUAAAAACCACUGCUGUGGUCAUCACUAUCCUCUUGCAAUAGGACCAGCUGGAUGGCAAAAACUGUGCGACUAGUACCUCAAAAGUAAUAUUAGUCAAAAAAGAACCAUUGACCAUGCCAAAAGCGUUGAAAAGGAACAUUUUGAGUGAGGAAAGGAAGGGUUAAAUUCUGGCUUUACUGGCAGAGGGACACAGUGAGCGUCAAGUUGCUUCCAUCCUUAAAAUUUAAAAGACGGCAGUUCAUAAGAACAAGGUCAAGCAACAGACAACAAAGCUACAGACCGGCAGAGGGCAAAAACGACUCUCUACUGACCGGGAUGACCGCCAACUCAUUCGAAUGUCACUCAACAACCGUAGGAUGGCAAACGGCAGCUGGGGUGAAGUGCACCGCGAGGACGGUUCGAAACAGGCUCCUAGGGGCAGGGCUGAAGUCGUGCAAAGCUAGAAAAAAGCCCUUCAUCAAUGAGAAGCAAAGAAGAGCCAGGCUGAGGUUUGCAAAAGACCAUAAGGAUUGGACCGUAGAGGACUGGAGUAAGGUCAUCUUCUCUGACGAGUCCAAUUUUCAGCUUUGCCCAACACCUGGUCGUCUAAUGGUUAGAUGGAGACCUGGAGAGGCCUACAAGCCACAGUGUCUCGCACCCACUGUGAAAUUUGGUGGAGGAUCGGUGAUGAUCUGGGGGUGCUUCAGCAAGGCUGGAAUCGGGCAGAUUUGUCUUUGUGAAGGACGCAUGAAUCAAGCCAUGUACAAGGUUGUCCUGGAAGAAACCUUGCUUCCUUUUGCUCUGACAUUGUUCCCCAAAUCAGAGGAUUGGUUUUUCCAGCAGGACAAUGCGCCAUGCCACACAGCCAGGUCAAUCAAGGAUGGAGGACCACCAGAUCAAGACCCUGUCAUGGCCAGCCCAAUCUCCAGACCUGAACCCCAUUGAAAACUUCUGGAAUGUGAUCAAGAGGAAGAUGGAUGGUCACAAGCCAUCAAACAAAGCCGAGCUGCUUGAAUUUUUUCACCAGGAGUGGCAUAAAGUCACCCAACAUCAAUGUGAAAGACUGGUGGAGAGCAUGCCAAGACGCAUGAAAGUUGUGAUUGAAAAUCACGGUUAUUCCACCAAAUAUUGAUUUCUGAACUCUUCCUAAGUUAAAACAUUAGUAUUGUGUUGUUUAAAAAUGAACAUGAACUUAUUUUCUUUGCAUUAUUUGAGGUCUGACAACACUGCAUCUUUUUUGUUAUAUUGACCAGUUGUCAUUUUCUGCAAAUACAUGCUCUAAAUUACAAUAUUUUUAUUUGGAUUUGGGAGAAAUGUUGUCAGUAGUUUAUAGAAUAAACAAGAAUGUAAAUUUUACCCAAACACAUACCUAUAAAUAGUAAAACCAGAGAAACUUAUAAUGUUGCAGUGUCUCUUUAAUUUUUUCCAGAGCUGUAUGUGUGUGCGUGUGUGUGUGUGUGUAUGUAUGUAUGUAUGUAUAUAUGUAUAUAUAUAUAUAAACACACACACAGUACCAGUCAAAGGUUUGGACACACCUACUCAUUCCAGGGUUUUUCUUUAUUUUUUACUAUUUUCUACAUUGUAGAAUAAUAGUAAAGACAUCAAAACUAUGAAAUAACACAUAUGGAAUCAUAUAGUAGAAUCAAAGUGUUAAACAAAUCUAAAUAUAUUUUAUAUUUGAGAUUCUUCAAAUAGCCACCCUUUGCCUUGAUGACAGCUUUGCACACUCUUGGCAUUCUCUCAACCAGCUUCACCUGGAAUGCUUUUCCAACAGUCUUGAAGGAGUUCCCACGUAUGCUGAGCACUUGUUGGCUGAUUUUCCUUCACUCUGCGGUCGACUCAUCCCAAACCAUCUCAAUUGGGUUGAGGUCGGGGGAUUGUGGAGGCCAGGUCAUCUGAUGCAGCACUCUAUCACUCUCCUUCUUGGUAAAAUAGCCCUUACACAGCCUGGAGGUGUGUUGGGUCAUUGUCCUGUUGAAAAACAAAUGAUAUUCCCACUAAGCGCAAACCAGAUGGGAUGGUAUAUCGCUGCAGAAUGCUGUGGUAGCCAUGCUGGUUAAGUGUGCCUUGAAUUCUAAAUAAAUCACAGACAGUGUCACCAGCAAAGCACCCCCACACCAUAACACCUCCCCCUUGAUGCUUUAUGGUGGGAAAUACACAUGCGGAGAUCAUCCGUUCAACCACACCGCGUCUCACAAAGACACGGCGGUUGGAACCAAAAAUCUCCAAUUUGGACUACAGACCAAAGGACAAAUUUCCACCGGUCUAAUGUUCAUUGCUCAUGUUUCUUGGCCCAAGCAAGUCUCUUCGUCUUAUUGGUGUCCUUUAGUAGUGGUUUCUUUGCAGCAAUUUGACCAUGAAGGCCUGAUUCACACAGUCUCCUCUGAACAGUUGAUGUUGAGAUGUGUCUGUUACUUAAAUCAGUGUUCAGGAGAGCAACAGGUGCUAGCCCUUGGAGGGGAAAUAGUGAAUCUGUUAUCAGUGCGCUGCUUUUGCGUUCCAAUUUGUUUUUGUUGCACCCACCAGAUCUACUCAGUCCCUUAAUUGGAAUGUCUGUGCUUUGAACAUUUUUGGUCUGAAACAAGCUCCCAUUGUUUGCCGGGACAGAGGGAAAUCUCCAAAAUUGAAACUAAAAAGAUUCUGGAGGGAGAGAGACUAAAACGUCUUAACCUGUUUCCUAGCUAAACAACUUUUGUACUUCUCUGACGUGGAAUCUUGGCGUCGAACGCAGCCCAGGCUUAGAGAAAACUGUUCCGGAAAACAUGACUGGGCUAAGCUGUCAAAAACAAACAGAAUUCCCACCGGUUUCUUCAUCACUAUUAAUUUACCUCGCGCACACACGUUUUGGGAUAUCAAGUGGUAUUAAUCCCUCAAACAUACAUUUAAGGCCCCAUACUCUAGGCAGGGGAGAAUAUUUUAAUUAGUGGUACAUAAUAACUGCUAAGGUUUCAUAUUUUAUUCAAUUAUUUUAUCUCUAGAUGUAUGUUUAACAAAUGUCAUUGGAAUUCUGCGUAAAGGUUGACGUGUGGUGGUGUUUGUCCUCUUCAGACACCCCCAGCUCUGACAGCGAGAGCUUUAACCCCUCUCUGUGGGAGGAGCAGAGGAAGCAGCGGGCCCAGGUGGCCUUCGAGUGUGACGAGGACAAGGAUGAGAGGGAGACGCCUCCGCGGGUCAGUACUCCACGCGCAUGCAUAGACACAAACCAACACACACACAAGCACACACCCUUGUGUACGCACACAGCCAAGACAAACAAACUCUCUUAACUUGCUGUGUUAUAGAUUGUAGCUAGUGCGGAUGACAAACUGAGGGUGACACUAUGCAAAUGCAAGCUAAUGAAAGUAGAUGAAAAAUUAUGUCCAUUUGGCACGCGUCGAAAACGAGGGUCAAAUAAUGCUGCCCUGUACUCGCAUUGCUUUUGCACAUUACACAGUUCUCAUUAAUAAGUUGUUAAUGCUGUUAAAACACUGGAGCAAGGGUUUCAAAUGGGCUUUCUGGUACAAAAGCAAGCUUUUUUCAAUCUCCUCAUGUUAUAAUGGAAAAUCUAGAUUGUGUCCCAAAUGGCACCCUAUUCCCUAUAUAGUGCACUAAUAGGACUCUGGUCAAAAGUAUUGCACUACAUAGGUAAUAGGGUGCUAUUUGGGAUGUAACCUAUAUCUGUUAGUCAUCUUGUGCGUCAAGCUACAACUGCAUUACCCAUAAAAGAUUGGCCUUUCCCUUUUUCCCUUGUAUUUAAGAGAGAUGUGUGUGUGCCUGCACCUGAGUUUCUAUGGAAUUCCCAUUUAGUUAAUCUGAUGUCUACUGUCUCACUGUGAAAUGGAAGCUGACUGAAGCUCAUGGUGAGGAGGUUCUGAAUAUUUUCCUUCCCAUCAAUUGUGCCGUCUCACACAGUCUCCCACUGGCACAAUAUGGCCGCCUGACUGCAGUGUCUCUCCAGCAGACUGGGAGGGCUGGCCUGCCGGGAAGAGGCACACCACCUCUCAAACUGUCAGUCUGACAAAGGAGCGGUGGUGUCACCUCCGCUUGGCAGGCAAACCCAACUCCCCCUCCCUACCCAACUCCCGCUCCCCACCCCCUAGUUGAGGGACCCACUGUGAUCACUGGUUUUGAUGUGCAUGUCACACUCUCUCCGCUAUGUGCAUGUGUGCGUGUGUGUGUCUCCAGGAGGGCAACCUGAAGCGCUACCCAACGCCGUACCCAGACGAGCUGAAGAACAUGGUGAAGACGGCCCAGUCGGUCGCCCACAGGUUGAAGGAGGACGAGUCAGGCGACGAGUCAGGGAAGGAUGCCAGGCCUAACGAGCGUAACCACGUGGGAGUGCAGGACGUGGGAGUCAAGGUUGGCCUCCAUCUGAGCCCAGUUUUCUUUAAACACUGGCAGACAUGCAAACUGCACAUGCGCACACUCUAUCUAGUCUAGUUUCUACUCCUCUUCUGCUUUCCGUAAAUACAACAAACAACUUGUAUACAGUUUAUUGCAGGGAUCAUCAACUAGAUUAAGCCGCGGGACGAUUUUCUUCUUGAGGGGAUAGUCAGGGGGCCGGAACAUAAUUACAAAUAAUUAUAUUAUUUUUUGCUCAGAAAACUUGAGGGGCUAAAUAAAAUCACCCGCGGGCCAAAUUUGGCUCACGGGCCUCCAGUUGGGGAACCCUGGUGUAUUGUAUUGGACGAUUGCAUGAGAGAAAAUAAAGACUGCUCCACAUGUCCACAAGUAUUAGCAAAUAUUUUCAUUUAAAUUUAUAUGGUAAACAUAAUAUAUUGGAAAUGAGUGAAAUCACAAACAGCCGUAAUAAACCUGAGAUCAACAGUAAUUCACUUAUGUUUUCCAAUACUUACUUGCCACUUAUUUAGAAGUUAAAUAGGUAACAAAUAACAUAACAACAACCUAAUAAUGACUAUUUUGUAAUAGAAACACGUCUCCUUUAUAUAACCUUCUGUUGGUUUGGGGUUUGACCAGGUGAUUGAGGCUCCCUGUGCCAAUGGCAAGCCAGUGGAGAUGGAGCCCAAAGCGCCUGUCUGUGUCCAGGACUCCACGGCACCCCUGGAGACCUCUGAAUCCUACACCUCCCAGAAGACCUCUCUCCGAACCUCCGACAACACCAGGAACAUGAAACAUGAGGAUACCCUGGAGGUACGCUACUACAGAAGAUGCUACACACCUCAUUGGCCAUACACAUUUUGAAACUUUCACAUUUAUUUUGUGGAUUUUUUUUGUGUCAAGUCUUUUUCUCUGCAGGACUCCGAGGAGCUUUCAUCUGAGGAGGAGGAGAUGAAGAUGGCGGAGAUGAGACCUCCUCUCAUCGAGAUCUCCAUCAACCAGCCCAAAGUGGUGGCCCUAAGUAAGGACAAAAAAGGUACUGCACAGACAAGCGGCUCCUUGUAGGAUUAACCACCACUAGAUGUAGUACAUGGCUAGAACGCUGGUACUUAACUCAAAUUAGGAUUUGUCCAUAUGUAACAAAGUGAAGUAGUUCUAUGUAACUAUUGACACGUUCAUUACAUAAUGUGUAUACUGUCCUCAGGGUACACAGCUUGGUAGUACACCCAGAAAUCAUCCCAAACCCUGUCAGAACUAUGUGUAUGAAUGUGUACACUGACCGAGUUCUCCUCUCUUUGUCUGACAGAUGACGGUAAAGACGCUGACUCGUUGUUGGACGAGACGGUGGCCAACAGCAAUCAGAACAACAGCAACUGUUCGUCCCCGUCGCGCAUGUCGGACUCAGUGUCUCUGACCACGGACAGCAGCCAGGACAACUCCCUGUGCACCCCCGAGAGAGAGGCCAAGAUGCCCUUCCUACCCAAAAGCAGGUGGGUGCAGUCUGGUUCCUCUCAAGGUUUAUUGAGGAUGGAGUGUGAUUUCCUUGCUAUUAGGGAUGUGAUUUCUUUGAAAAUAAAAGCUAUAAACGUCCUAGUAAAAAAAUCACUUGGGAGCAGAGAAGUAUAUUUUCCCCUUGCUUUGAAAUGUUUGCUGAACUCAGAAAAUACCUUUGUAUGUGCUCAUACUAGAUGUAAAUAAGCUGGUGGGAUCUCCUAGUCAUUGGGCGUGUGGGCCAGGGUUCCUGCUAAGCUGCCAUGCUAGUCUGUUUGUUUCCUUAUACUCUAUAUGGCACAACACUCGUCAACAACAACAAACCAAUAUGUUGUGCUUCCUGUUCCAGGCAAGCGGAUGAAAACAUGAACCAGCGGAAGGAGAGAACACCUCUCCUCCAGAACGGCAAUGGCUCGGACACGUCCCUGCAGACCCUCCUGAAGACCCAGCAGGGCUACGCGUCCAAGCCCGAGAAGAUGGUGGGUGACUAUGACCUGUCCAUGGAGGAGAGGCUGGCCUUCAUUGAGAAGGGCAUCAACAACGGUAUGGGUGACGCCUACACCAAGUGGGACCAGAUCAACAUGAACGUGGCCAAGCUGCUGCCGCCGCAGCCGGACAAUAUGGUGGUCCAACCGGACGACCGCUCGAACGGCCCGAGCGCCAAAGAGGACUUUAACCACUUGCCUCCCCCGUAUAACAAUGACAACUCUACAGCGCCCAUCACGGACCACUUGGAGAACGGCAACCAGCUGGGCGACCACUUCAAUAACCGCUCCAGCGAGGGUCUGGCCGUGUCACCUGUGAGGGUGGACUCUGCCACGUCGGUGGUGCGGACGGCUUCAGCGGGCGUGACGGCCAGCAGCGACAUGUCUCUGUCUCGCAGCACCGAGGAGCUGUCCCCGGAGAAACGAUGCAUCCCUCCUGUAGUGGUCAAGGCUCAGAGCAUCACCAACAUCGAGACAGGGGGGAUGAAGCUGUACUCCUUGGACGCUGAGGGGGGCUCCUACGAGGGUGGCGUAGUGGGCAGGAUGGCCGGAGCCGGACCGGGGGCCCAGGGCCAGAGCAUCGUCCGCAGCAAAUCAGCCUCCCUGCUCAACGACCAACCCUUCCAGGUCUACCCUGGCUCCUCAGCCUCCUCCUCCGACCUGCUCUCCAGCUCCUCCAAGCCCCCCGUCAGCACCGGCCGUUACCCAGUCCCCUCUGGCAUGGCCAUGGGCCCGCCACCCCAGUACAACAUCCAGUACACCAGCAGCACCAUGCCUAAAGACGGCAUGUGGACCCAGAGGACCCCUGUCCCCCUUGACCAGGGCUACCUUCCUCCGCCCCAGCAUUCUCUGGCCAACACCAACUACUCCAACCGCAACCAGGCCCCUCCCUACCCCCUCCUGGCCCAGCAGAGAGGCCCGCCCACGGGGCCCACACCCGGUGACAUGUGGGCUAAGGAGAGACACCUGCCCCCCGGUGGUCAGCCACGGAGCAGCACCCUUCAGAGGCAGAGCAGCAGCUCCUCCACGGCCUCCAUGGGGGACCCCCGGCGCAUGCAGGUGCCCGAGGGAGAGUACAUGACGUACAGGGACAUCCACACCCUGGGCCGGGGACCACUGGCCAUGGCCCAGGCCAUGCAGAGGCCUCUGUCGGCACGUACCUACAGCAUUGACGGGCCCAGCGCCACCAGGCCCCACAGCGCCAGGCCACAGCCCCACGAGCUGCCCGAAAGGACCAUGUCAGUCAGCGACUUCAACUACCAGCACGGCAGCCCCAGCAAGAGGCCCAACACCAGGGUGAAGUCUGAGCACUCGUUGCUGGAUGGGCCAGGAGGACCGGGAGCAGGAGGAAGGGUACCGGUGGACUGGAGAGACCAGGUGAUGCGCCACAUCGAGGCCAAGAAGAUGGAAAAGGUAGAGUAUUUGAUGAAUAUUUAAGGAGCAAUCCAUUUGAUUGUACUUUUCAUUCAAUAUGUUUGAUAAUAAUCUUAAUGGCCACUAAGAGAAAUACAGUAUUAUUUAAAGGCAUAGCUACGAUAAGAGGUCAAACUUGGGUGAUAUGGACAAAAAUCCAUAUCACGAUAAAUUGACUGAAUUAUCACAAUAACGAUAAAAAGUUCAAACCAUUAAGUACAUCAGUUAAUUGUGUAUAUUACCUUUAAAACUACUACUUUGAAUGUUGUAGUUAUCAAUUGUUCUGUUAGCAAUAGCCCAUAUUAGCAGACUUAUUUAAUUUCUAGUAAAGGCUAUUUAUCGUUAUCGAUAACAGUAAAAUGUCCUCGAUAAAUGUUGGUUUGGUUGGUGUCGAUAAUUUUCGGUUUAUCGUGCCAGCUCUAAUAGAGGUCACCUGUGUUUGAUUGGGAACGUGUUAAGAAGAUCACAUCGUUAUGGUGUUAUCAUCCCAGGUUGUUAUUAGGUCCGUUCUAUUUGAUGAUGUUAUAGCCGAGAUGACAUAACACCGUCCAUUCAGAAACCUCAUGACCCACAUUAUAGUGGCGUUUCUGUUUCAUUAUCUCCAUCUUCAUUACUUGUCCCAUUCCUUUACAUCAGUUCAGAAUGAAAAGGAGGGUAGGAAGCCACUUUAGACUUUUGACUCAGCCCUGGCUCCAGGGUGACAAUAGCGCAACUCCGUCUGACGUAGGAAGACAAUCGGGUUGAGACUGGAGUUUGGGGUGUGUACCUUAGUGGCUCUCCUAUGGGCCCUAGGUACCACAGGUUGAGGGGGGCUACAGUCUGCAUUCUCAUUGUCCACUUCAUCAUUACAGUCACAGUGGGCAUCUUUAGAACGCAGCCAUGAAAGUGACUGCCCUGAUGUUAUCUAAGACACAUGGUUUAAUCAAUGAUGUGAUUUAGAAUGUGGAAUGAAUGGCCUCGAUUUGAAAAGGAGAGAUUACUCACUUGAUACUUAAUUAGUAGAGGAACAGCAGAACAGACAGAGGAGAAAGUGAUGAGCGGGACAUGUCAUUUAAUCACUUGUUCACAAGCAAGAUUCGCCUGAUUUAUUCAAUUUCCUCCCUAAUUAAAUUGUAGAGCAUCAACUUGCUAAGUGCUGAAAUCUCCUUAAAGAACAAAACCACAUUAACAGAUUCUGUUGUCUGAGUUUGACUUUACCAUGUAGUCAAUGGCAGUACAGUCGACUCCUGAUAAAUGGAACGGCUUUCUACUGGAAAGCUACAUAUUGCAAUUUAAACAGAGUUUGCAUUUAUCUGGACUUAUCAGGGGUCUACAUAUAAAACAUAUUGUUUCCUAAGCAUGUUUGUUGCAUCAGUAUGUUUAGAGUAACAAGCAAACAACCUGCUACUAACUCAGUGUAUGAAAUAGUGUUUUGUGAUUCACUGCAUGCUUGUCUGCUGUUAAAGCAUGUGGAAUGUUAACAUUAACAAUAUUAUUUACAUUAUUUUAUUAUUCAUUACCACUUCGUGAAAUGCAUGCCCACUAAAUUGUGUCUGUGUGUGUUGUCUGUAUGUGUGUGUGUGUUGGCUGUAUGUCAGGGUUUCCGUUAGGAAAAUGUGGCACUGGACAUUUGACCGGCAACGUUUUAAUUUACCGGACAUUUGCGAAAUUUACCGGACCCAUAUGCAUUGGGUGCGUAACCUGAUUAGGGUGUCCACCCACGGUGCUCAGAAUGACAGAAAUCACAUUUAGAAUAUGGUGAUUCAUAUUAACAGAACAUGCAAGUGGAGGAUGCAAUGAAGUGCAGUCCUUCUUACCGAAUUCUGAUGUGCACUUUGAACGUUAGAAUAACUGUCCACAUUUACUUUUCCUCAGCCAACAAGAUGAGUAACAAACAGCAAAAUGACUAGCCUAUGUAAAUGUAAUAUACAGUUCCACUAAAUUAUGCAAAUUAACCUAUAGACCGAUAAGCAUGACCAGUCAAAUGUAUUUCUAUCGACUGGUAUUUCCAUCAAUGAAUAGGCUAAAAAUCAUUAUUUCGCAAUGGGAUUUUUUUUUUCUUUCUCCCGGACAAUUGGCCGGGGCCAAUUUUAUUUAUCGGCUUUAAAAUUAAAAUAAAACGAACAAAAGCCGGCUAUUACCAGCUAACGGAAACCCUGCUGUAUGUGUAAUGUGGUGUGUUGCCCUCCUCUGCUCAGAACGCCCUGUCUCGGUCCUAUAAUUCCAAUUACGCCCCGCUGAGCUGCUCCCACUACAGCAGCUCUCGGGACGUACACCACGCAGGCAGCCAAGGCUCUCUGGUCUUUGGUGCUGCCGCAGAAGGACGGCCUUACGGAGCCCAGGGCCUCUUUGUGAGUACUGGACUGUACUGGAGCUAGACUACAGCUCAGCCUCCUAGCUCCUAGCUGCCUCCUAUCCAGGCAGAUCUGAUUCCUACCUCCUACUGCUUUUCAGCUUGGGCCCCUUUCCAAUGCUUUUCAAAGGCAUCCUUGGCUUCCACAUCGUUCCAUUCAGAAUACAAUGCCUUCCUCAGUUAAGAUUGAUCAUUUUGUUGCGGGGCCUUUUUGUGAUGUUCAAUCCUUGAGGUUGUCAUUGAUCUGUGCUGGAUGGAAACAAGGUUUCUCUCUCCACCCUGUUUGCUUCCAUCACUUCAACCCUCAGAUCUGGGAUGACUUCACAGAAGGUUUCAAGGAAGGAUGCAUUUUAGAAUGAUUGGGACAGGGCCUUUGAACUGUAUCGCUCCUUGCUGUAGUGUGACGCAACCUAACUUGUUUGAAAGGGGCAUCCUUUGUCUGUGCACAUAAACUAGUCCGCUCUACCACAAACUGUUUGUAGGGAAACUUACGAUCUCUAUCUCUAUCAAGGAUUCAGGUAGAGGAAACUCCUAGCUCUGUAGAAUGCCAUGGUCUCCCGAGUGGCGCAGCGGUCUAAGGCACUGCAUCUCAGUGCUUGAGGAGUCACUACAGACCCCCUGGUUCGAUUCCAGGCUGUAUCACAACCGGCCGUGAUUGGGAGUCCCAUAGGGUGGCGCACAAUUGGCCCAGCGUCGUCUGGGUUUGGCUGGUGUAGGCCGUCAUUGUAAAUAUGAAUUUGUUCUUAACUGACUUGCCUAGUUAAAUAAAGGUUAAAAAAAGAACAAUUAAGACCUGGCUGAACUAACACAUUGCUUCUGUUGUAUAAAUUGAAAAUGUUUGUAGUCUCUCAAUUUACAGCAGAAAAGUAGCCUACCUUAUCCAAACAGUAGUAGGGUUGAAUAGGGCGGAAGCAGUGUUGUUAUCCUUAUAAGGGUUUUCUCUCUAAAACCUAUUUUCUGUGUCAUUAUAGGCCAUAUGAUAGGAUGCAGUUGACAGUGAGAUACUGAACAGGGAUUUCACUGGCUUGGUGUAGAGGAAUUUAAUUUAUCCAAUGACAUCGGUGCGUCGGAAGCCUUUGAUUAGCAGUAUAGGCUACAAGUCUCAUCUCUGAUGUGAAAUAACAUAAUGUUGCAUAGUACAGUUGGAUGUGUUGAAUAAUAGUAGUAUAAUAAUAUUAGCAAGUUGCAUGGUACAAAAUGCCCCUUUUUAAACCUGGUUUCCCUCCCAACCUAUAAUUCACUUAUCCCAGUGCUUUAUCCACCCACCCUCCAGAACUCCAAUCAUGUAGCAUGCUUCCCUUCUCAAUCAAACUGAUUCUCCCUUUAACGACACGUUGACUCAUCAAUCAUCAGCUCGCUUAAUGCCUCCUCUUCACUCCCACUGUUGAUCACUUCAGAAUCACCUCAUAAGCCUUUCACUUCUUUGUGUGGAGAUGAGCACUGUAUUUGUCCAAGGUAAGUGUGGGGGGUGUAGUUGGAAGAACAAGUAGUUGUGGUGUUAGAUUGAGUCGUAGUGUCAAAUAGCGGCCUACUUGCUCAUUUGCACUCAACAUGUAGUCUUAUGAAUUAAUGAAUCAUUGUUUCCUUCUCUAUUUAUUCUCUAAAGGACACUACUUUCGGCUCUAGUGCCCUACGUAGGGAAUAAUCAUCCUCAUUGUAAAGAAUGUUAUCCAUAGAUGUACUUUUCAUGGGUGUUGGAAUUACCUGGAGAAAUUUCAGAAUUAAUGGUUAACACAACAUAUUCCAUUUUUGUUAACCGAACAUGCAACUAACAUUAUUAGCCUCAAUCAGAACAUGGUCAACUAAUUCAGCUUAGAUAUGAAGAAUUACCUCAACAUUACCUAAUAGUCCGGGGCUUCAGGGACUUGCCUAAAAUAGUAGAGGUGUGUUUGUCACAGACAGACAGUGGUCAGGACAUGGGCUUUCUUACUAAGCAUCUGACAUUGUUCCCUCUUCAGGAUGACGUGGUUGGACCUCAAGGGCAACAGGGCUACACCAUGGACACCCUCCGAAAAGUAAGUGCACACUAGAACCAUAUGUAGAGGAUACCCAUAAACCAAUCAACCACCUCUUAUCAUUUUAACAUUUCUAAAAAAUUGUCUUCUCAAAUUGGUUUGUUUUCCUACUAUACAGUGGCUUGCGAAAGUAUUCACCCCCCUUGGCAUUUUUCCUAUUUUGUUGCCUUACAACCUGGAAUUAAAAUGGAUUUUUGGGGGGUUUAUAUCAUUUGAUUUACACAACAUGCCUACCACUUUGAAGAUGCAAAGUAUUUUUUAUUGUGAAACAAAGAAGAAAUAAGACAUAAAAGCAGAACUUGAGCGUGCAUAGCUAUUCACCCCUCCAAAGUCAAUACUUUGUAGAGACAUCUUUUGCAGCAGUUACAGCUGCAAGUCUCUUGGGGUAUGUCUCUAUAAGCUUGGCACAUCUUGCCCAUUCUUCAAGGCAAAACUGCACCAGCUCCUUCAAGUUGGAUGGGUUCCGCUGGUGUACAGCAAUCCUUAAGUCAUACCACAGAUUCUCAAUUGGAUUGAGGUUUGGACUUUGACUAGGCCAUUCCAAGACAUUUAAAUAUUUCCCCUUAAACCACUCAAGUGUUGGUUUAGCAGUAUGCUGGAAGGUGAACCUCCGUCCCAGUCUCAAAUCUCUGGAAGACUGAAACAGGUUUCCCUCAAGAAUUUCCCUGUAUUUAGCGCCAUCCAUCAUUCCUUCAAUUCUGACCAGUUUCCCAGUCCCUGCCGAUGGAAAAACAUCCCACCACCAUGCUUCACUGUGGGGAUGGUGUUCUCUGGGUAAUGAGAGGUGUUGGGUUUGCGCCAGACAUAGCAUUUUACUUGAUGGCCAAAAUGCUCAAUUCUAGUCUCAUCUGACCAGAGUACCUUCUUCCACAUGCCUUUUGGCGAACACCAAACGUGUUUGCUUAUUUUUUUUCUUUACGCAAUGGCUUUUCUCUGGCCACUCUUCCAUAAAGCCCAGCUCUGUGGAGUGUACGGCUUAAAGUGGUCCUAUGGACAGAUACUCCAAUCUCCGCUGUGGAGCUUUGCAGCUCCUUCAGGGUUAUCUUUGAUCUCUUUGUUGCCUCUCUGAUUAAUGCCCUCCUUUCCUGGUCCGUGAGUUUUGGUGGGCGGCCCUCUCUUGGCAGGUUUGUUGUGGUGCCAUAUUAUUUCAAUUUUUUAAUAAUGGAUUUAAUGGUGCUCCGUGGGAUGUUCAAAGUUUCUGAUAUUUUUUUAUAACCCAACCCUGAUCUGUACUUCUCCACAACUUUGUCCCUGGCCUGUUUGGAGAGCUCCUUGGUCUUCAUGGUGCCCCUUGCUUAGUGGCGUUGCAGACUAUUGGGCCUUUCAGAACAGGUAUAUAUAUAUAUAUACUGACAUCAAAUCAAAUCAAAUCAAAUUUUAUUGGCCACAUGCGUCGAAUACAACAGGUGCAGACAUUACAGUGAAAUGCUUACUUACAGCCCUUAACCAACAGUGCAUUUCUUUUUAACAAAAAAAGUAAGAAUAAAACAACAACAAAAAAAGUGUUGAGAAAAAAAGAGCAGAAGUAAAAUAAAAUAACAGUAGGGAGGCUAUAUAUACAGGGGGGUACCGGUGCAGAGUCAAUGUGCGGGGGCACCGGCUAGUUGAGGUAGUUGAAGUAAUAUGUACAUGUGGGUAGAGUUAAAGUGACUAUGCAUAAAUAAUUAACAGAGUAGCAGCAGCGUAAAAGGAUGGGGUGGGGGGGCAGUGCAAAUAGUCCGGGUAGCCAUGAUUAGCUGUUUCAGGAGUCUUAUGGCUUGGGGGUAGAAGCUGUUGAGAAGUCUUUUGGACCUAGACUUGGCACUCCGGUACCGCUUGCCGUGCGGUAGCAGAGAGAACAGUCUAUGACUAGGGUGGCUGGAGUCUUUGACAAUUUUGAGGGCCUUCCUCUGACACCGCCUGGUAUAGAGGUCCUGGAUGGCAGGAAGCUUGGCCCCAGUGAUGUACUGGGCCGUACGCACUACCCUCUGUAGUGCCUUGCGGUCGGAGGCCAAGCAGUUGCCAUACCAGGUGGUGAUGCAACCAGUCAGGAUGCUCUCGAUGGUGCAGCUGUAUAAUUUUUUGAGGAUCUGAGGACCCAUGCCAAAUCUUUUCAGUCUCCUGAGGGGGAAUAGGCUUUGUCGUGCCCUCUUCACGACUGUCUUGGUGUGUUUGGAACAUGAUAGUUCGUUGGUGAUGUGGACACCAAGGAACUUGAAGCUCUCAACCUGUUCCACUACAGCCCCGUCGAUGAGAAUGGGGGCGUGCUCAGUCCUCUUUUUUUUCCUGUAGUCCACAAUCAUCUCCUUUGUCUUGGUCACGUUGAGGGAGAGGUUGUUAUCCUGGCACCACACGGCCAGGUCUCUGACCUCCUCCCUAUAGGCUGUCUCAUCGUUGUCGGUGAUCAGGCCUACCACUGUUGUGUCGUCGGCAAACUUGAUGAUGGUGUUGGAGUCGUGCCUGGCCAUACAGUCAUGGGUGAACAGGGAGUACAGGAGGGGACUGAGCACGCACCCCUGAGGGGCUCCCGUGUUGAGGAUCAGUGUGGCAGAUGUGUUGUUACCUACCCUUACCACCGUGGGGCGGCCCGUCAGGAAGUCCAGGAUCCAGUUGCAGAGGGAGGUGUUUAGUCCCAGAAUCCUUAGCUUAGUGAUGAGCUUAGAGGGCACUAUGGUGUUGAAUGCUGAGCUGUAGUCAAUGAAUAGCAUUCUCACGUAGGUGUUCCUCUUGUCCAGGUGGGAAAGGGCAGUGUGGAGUGCAAUAGAGAUUGCAUCAUCUGUGGAUCUGUUGGAGCGGUAUGCAAAUUGGAGUGCGUCUAGGGUUUCUGGGAUAAUGCUGUUGAUGUGAGCCAUGACCGGCCUUUCAAAGCACUUCAUGGCUACAGGCGUCAGUGCUACGGGUCGGUAGUCAUUUAGGCAGGUUAUCUUAGAGUCCUUGGGCACGGGGACUAUGGUGGUCUGCUUGAAACAUGUUGGUAUUACAGACUCAGUCAGGGACAUGUUGAAAAUGUCAGUGAAGACACUUGCCAGUUGGUCAGCACAUGCUCGGAGUACACGUCCUGGUAAUCCAUCUGGCCCUGUGGCCUUGUGAAUGUUGACCUGCUUAAAAGUCUUACUCACAUCGGCUACGGAGAGCGUGAUCACAUAGUCAUCCGGAACAGCUGGUGCUCUCAUGCAUGCUUCAGUGUUGCUUGCCUCGAAGCGAGCAUAGAAGUGGUUUAGCUCGUCUGGUAGGCUUGUGUCACUGGGCAGCUCGCGGCUGUGCUUCCCUUUGUAGUCUGUAAUAGUUUUCAAGCCCUGCCACAUCCGACGAGCGUCAGAGCCAGUGUAGUACGAUUCAAUCUUAGUCCUGUAUUGACUCUUUGCCUGUUUGAUGGUUCGUCGGAGAGCAUAGCGGGAUUUCUUAUAAGCGUCCGGGUUAGAGUCCCGCUCCUUGAAAGCGGCAGCUCUACCCUUUAGCUCAGUGCGGAUGUUUCCUGUAAUCCAUGGCUUCUGGUUGGGGUAUGUACGUACGGUCACUGUGGGGACGACAUCAUCGAUGCACUUAUUGAUGAAGCCAGUGACUGAUGUGGUGUACUCCUCAAUGCUGUCUGAAGAAUCCCGGAACAUGUUCCAGUCUGUGCUAGCAAAACAGUCCUGUAGCUUAGCAUCUGCUACAUCUGACCACUUUUUUAUUAACCGAGUCACUGGUGCUUCCUGCUUUAGUUUUUGCUUAUAAGCAGGAAUCAGGAGAAUAGAGUUAUGGUCAGAUUUGCCAAAUGGAGGGCGAGGGAGAGCUUUGUAUGCGUCUCUGUGUGUGGAGUAAAGGUGGUCCAGAGUUUUUUUUUCCUCUGGUUGCACAUUUAACAUGCUGGUAGAAAUUAGGUAGAACGGAUUUAAGUUUCCCUGCAUUAAAGUCCCCGGCCACUAGGAGCGCUGCAUCUGGAUGAGCGUUUUCCUGUUGAUUUAUGGCCUUAUACAACUCAUUCAGUGCAAUCUUAAUGCCAGCAUUGGUUUGUGGUGGUAAAUAGACAGCUAUGAAAAAUAUAGAUGAAAACUCUCUUGGUAAAUAGUGUGGUCUACAGCUUAUCAUAAGAUACUCUACCUCAGGCGAGCAAAACCUCGAGACUUCCUUAGUAUUUGAUUUUGUGCACCAGCUGUUGUUUACAAAUAUACACAGACCGCCACCCCUUGUCUUACCGGAGUCAGCCGUUCUAUCCUGCCGAUGUGGCGUAUAGCCCGCUAGCUGUAUGUUAUCCAUGUCGUCGUUCAGCCACGACUCGGUGAAACAUAAGAUAUUACAGUUUUUAAUGUCCCGUUGGUAGGAUAACCGUAAUCUUAGGUCAUCCAAUUUGUUCUCCAAUGAUUGAAGAUUGGCUAAUAGGAUUGAUGGGAGCGGCAGUUUACUCGCUCGCCGUCGGAUCCUUACAAGGCACCCCUACCUACGUCCACGAUAUCUCCGUCUCUUCCUCAUGCGAAUGACGGGGAUUUGGGCCUUGUCGGGUGUAUGUAUGAUAUCCUUUGCGGCCGCCUCGUUGAAGAAAAAAUCUUCGUCCAAUACGAGUUGAGUAAUCGCUGUCCUGAUAUCCAGAAGCUCUUUUUGGUUAUAAGAGACGAUGGCAGAAACAUUAUGUACAAAAUAAAUUACAAAUAACGCAGAAAAACACACAUAAUAGUACAAUUGGUUAGAGGGCUGUAAAACGGCAGCCAUCUUCUCCGCCGCUGUUCUAUGUGACAUAUCAUGUGACACUUAGAUUGCACACAGGUGGACUUUAUUUAACUAAUUAUGUGACUUCUGAAGGUAAUUGGUUGCACCAGAUCUUAUUUAGGGGAUUCAUAGCAAAGGAGGUGAAUACAUAUGCACGUACCACUUUUCCGUUAUUUAUGUUUUUGAAAUUUUUGAAACAAGUUCUUUUUUUCAUUUCACUUCACCAAUUUGGACUAUUUUGUGUAUGUCCAUUACAUGAAAUCCAAAUAAAAAUCAAUUUAAAUUACAGGUUGUAAUGUAACAAAAUAGGAAAAAUGCCAAGGGGGAUGAAUACUUUUGCAAGGCACUGUAUAUUAGGAAUGCAGACCAUAAAGACCAUGGAAUUGUCAUAGGCCCUAUACAGUUUUGAGUAGUUUCUUAACAAAAGGAGUGCAAUAAUUCUACAAAUCGAUCAUACAACCCCACCAUAACUAGAAGUGCCUGUCUGUCUGUCCCAUCUCGGCACAUGCAUUCCUGACCCAUAGCUUUUUCUGUUCCACUGCAAGUAGAGCAUUGCCCAGCCCCAGCCCAAUACCCUUAGUAGAGCUAGCUAGCUGAGAAUUAAGAUAUUGACCCAGCAACAGUACCUAGAAGCACCAUCCUCCACAACACCAGUGAUUAAUGACUUCUAAUUAACAAGAUCUGCCUUGAAAGAGAUUAUUGUUCAGGCCUAUCUAUUCUCACGGUGACACCUCUGCCUCCACCAGGGUCCUCUGACCCUCGCAGUGAGGUUUGGAGGAGCGCUGCUUCUGUAUAUACUGGUAUUAAUAGCUAUGCUGGGUGGAAUAUGGUGGUGGAAGCUUAGCGUAGUUAAAGCUCCUCGGUCCAGUCCUCAGUGGGCUCUUGACCUCCAUCACUAAGCUAGAUACAGUAUGGUACGGUGUCCGUGGACAAUUCAAGGAAUUGCAAUUUAAUAGAGUAAAUAAUAUGUGAGAUGUAGCCAGAAUAAACUAUUAAAAAAAGUAUUCUACCGUAUGUACAGUGUACAGUGUUUCUAUAUGACCUUCUCAGUGAGGCCUGAAUGUGAAAUAUUUGAUACCCAGAAAUCACUCCCUUUCCAUGACCUGUGAAAUAAUUAGAACAACAACAUUUUUCGCAAUUCCAUUUACACUGAGAGAAUUGAAUUUGUGAGUAAUGUAGACAUUUUGGGGCGUUCCUCCUGCUCCCUGCAGGUUGUCCGGUGGUACCGCAACUGUCCCUUUUCAGUAACCGGCUCAGACAGAGCCACAGAAUGAGGUCAGUCGGCUGUCUGGGAGAAUUUGAAAUGGUCUGUUCCAAGAGAUGUCGUAGAGAGAACCACAGCGUGACUCAUAGAGAGCCAUUUUAUUAAACGGACUGCAAGUCCUUAUCAGACGUUAAAUAAGGUCUUUCAUAUAAAUGUCUUCUUCGAACGCAUUGAUGCAAUGGUCUUUUUGUUUUAGUUCAGUCUACUCAAUGUUCUUAGACUUACUGUCUAUCUGCCUGGAUGUAGAUAUGGAGAGAACAAAAUACAAUGGAUCUCACUGUCGAAUAGGAAUACUAAGGACAAAGGUUUUUGAACUGGGGUUAUAGAUAUGGAAUUAAUGAACUAAUGUUAUUUGGACGUCUUCCAACUUCUGGCCAAAUGUGGGAAAUGUGUCUACAUUUUCAGAUUCUACCUCAACGUUUACCAAGAUGAAGUGGACUCUGUCGUAGUCCUUCAGACCUGGCAUUGAGAAUGACUUCAGUCGCUCCAUAAAGAAAACCUAUUGCUCAUGUAGUGCACUUCUGUAGACCAGAGCCCUAGUCUAGCCUAGCCUAUUACAUAGUAUAUAGGGAAUAGGAUGUCAUUUCAAAUUUGCCCUGAGUCACAUAGUGAAGAAAGCCAAACCCCUGCCGGCCCAGCUACAUUAAUGGAACCUGCCAAUAACCCCACCACCAUCUAAUAAAACCUAAUUGAUUUAUCUCUGAAAUUCAUCCUCCACACUAGUCAGAGCGAAAUUAUUUCCAUGAUUUUGUUGCUUUGGGGGUAGUGGCGAUGAGUCAGUGGAUCCAUUCCCCCUGGCCUGCUGCUUAAGACGGAGCAUCUUGCUGGUGGUAAAUCAGCAGCUUCUGAGGAAAUCACACUCUUGUUCUGUCACAUUAUGUUCUUCUGUAUGCCAGGCCUGCAGUUUAGCUUACCCUUUGGCCAAAUCAAGUUUAUUUUUAUCUUGCUGAAUUAUAGCCUAGUAUUUUUUUCUCUUGUUUUAGGUUCUGUGAAAGUAUGGAUUUGAGUACUGUGUAUUCCCAAACCCUGCUGAACAUUAAAGUGUAUUGUCGGAUGAGCAUAUUAGAUAUGCAUUUUUUAAAUCAAUUUUGUUGGAAUGUCAACUCUAUAACAACAUGGGUCUUUCUUUGUCUGUCUACGUGUGUGUCUGUUUAUCUGUCUGUCUGUGUUUUGCCAGGUGCCUUCGAUAAACGGUCAGAUCGGCGGUCCGGUGCGAGGCCAGAUGACAUCGUGCCAGGCGCCAAUGGCCCGCCACCCCUCCAGAGAGCAGCUCAUUGACUACCUGAUGCUCAAGGUCUCCCAUGGCCAGCAGCCCCAGGGGCCCCCACCACGGGCCGACCACGACACACUGCAGCAGGAGGUAGGGUGGGGAAAUGGAUGGAUGGAGAGAGAGAAGAGUUACAGUUAAACAAUGCUCCCCAUCCCUAAUCCUGGAGAGCUAUAGGGUGUUUAGCCCACAACUACAAACCUCAUUCAUCAUGAAAACCUUGAUUAACUAAGAUUAGGUCAAACUCAUAUGUGUGUUUUUAGUGCUGGGCUUGAACUACACCAUCUAGGAAUAGGGUUGAUGACCACUGGGUUAAAGCAUGCAUAGCAUUUCACUUAAUAGUUGUUAUUGGUGGUUUGGUUGUUACAUAAAUUACCUGGCUAGACUGAAUCAUAAAGACUUAUCUGUCACUGGGAUGUACAGUGCGUUCAGAAAGUAUUCAGACCCCUUGACGUUUUCCACAUUUAGUUACGUUACAGCCUUAUUCUAAAAUUUAUUAAAUAGUUUUUUCCCUCAUCAGUCUACAUACAAUACCCCAUAAUGACAAAGCAAAAAUGUUUUUUUGUUUUUUUUUAAAAUUUUUGGCUAAUUUAUAAAUAAAAUAAACUGAAAUAUCAUAUUUACAUAAGUAUUCAGACCCUAUACUCAGUACUUUGUUGAAUCAUCUUUGGCAGCGAUUACAGCCUCGAGUCUUCUUGGGUAUGAUGCUACAAGCAUGGCACACCUGUAUUUGGGGAAGUUUCUCACAUUCUUCUCUGCAAAUCCUCUCAAGCUCUGCCAGGUUGGAUGGGGAGCAAACGCUGCACAACUAUUUUCAGGUCUCCAGAGAUGUUUGAUCGGGUUCAAGUCCGGGCUCUGGCUGGGCCACUCAAGGACAUUCAGAGACUUGUCCUGAAGCCACUCCUGCGUUGUCUUGGCUGUGUGCUUAGGGUCGUUGUCCUCUUGGAAGGUGAACCUUCGCCCCAGUCGGAGGUCCUGAGCACCCUGGAGCAGGUUUUCAUCAAGAAUCUCUGUCUUUCCCUCGAUCCUGACUAGUCUCCCAGACAGUGCCACUGAAAAACAUCCCCACAGCAUGAUGCUGCCACCACCAUGCUUCACCGAAGGGAUGGUGCCAGGUUUCCUCCAGACGUGACGCUUGGCAUUCAGGCAAAAGAGUUCCAUCUUAGUUCCAUCAGACCAGAGAAUCUUGUUUCUUGUGGUCCUUUAGGUGCCUUUUGGCAAACUCAAGCGGACUGUCAUGUGGAGUGCUGCAGAGAUGGUUGUCUUUCUGGAAGGUUCUCCCAUCUCCACAGAGGACCUUUGGAGCUCUGUCAGUGACCAUUGGGUUCUUGAUCACCUCCCUGACCAAGGCCCUUCUCCCCCGAUUGUUCAGUUUGGCUGGGCGGCCAGCUCUAGGAAGAGUCUUGGUGGUUCCAAACUUCCAUUUAAGAAGGAUGGAGGCCACUGUGUUCUUGGGGACCUUCAAUGCUGCAGAAAUGUUUUUGUACCCUUCCCCAGAUCGGUGUCUCGACACAAUCCUGUCUCGGAGCUCUACGGACAAUGCCUUCGACCUCAUGGCUUGAUUUUUGCUCUGACAUGCACUGUCAACUGUGGGACCUUAUAUACAUUUUUACAUUUUAGUCAUUUAGCAGACGCUCUUAUCCAGAGCGACUUACAGUUAGUGAGUGCAUCAAUUUUUUCAUACUGGCCCCCUGUGGGAUUCGAACCCACAACCCUGGCGUUGCAAACGCCAUGCUCUAACAACUGAGCUACACGGGACCAUACCUAUAUAGACAGGUGUGUGCCUUUCCAAAUCAUGUCCAAUCCAUUGAAUUUACCACAGGUGGACUCCAAUCAAGUUGUAGAAACAUCUCAAGGAUGAUCAAUGGAAAACAGGAUGCGCCUGAGCUCAAUUUCGAGUCUCAUAGUAAAGGGUCUGAAAACUUAUGUAAAUAAGGUAUUUAUGUUUUACAUUUACAUUCGCAAAAAUGUCUAAAAACCAGUUUUUGCUUUGUCAUAAUGGGGUAUUGUGUGUAGAUUGAGGAACAUUUAAUAUUUAUUCAAUUUUAGAAUAAGGCUGUAACGUAACAAAAUGUGGAUAAAGGGGAAGGGGUCUGAAUACUUUUCGAAUGCACGGUAUGUGACUCGUAUUCAAAUGUACAGUUUACAGUAAAGUCCCCUGUGAAGGUAGUAAUGUAAUGUGUCUGUUUUCCAGUUCCGUGUGAAAGUGGAGAAGAACCCAGAGUUGGGGUUCAGUAUAUCAGGAGGAGUGGGAGGACGGGGAAAUCCCUUUCGUCCAGACGAUAAUGUAUGUACACUCAUCAGCCCUCUUAUUUUUCCAGCCCACUGCAUGUGACAUUUAAUCUAAGCACUUACACAAUUGAGGCCUCUGUAAGGUUUGCAUUAUGUUAGUUGUUAACUGUAUAGCAAUUCAGUUUGUUACUGCAUUUGUACGGAUUCUGCAACAAUCUAUCAAUCAAUAAAUAAUGUCAUGAGUGUUGUUAACCAGAUGGGUGUGAUUCGUCUCUCUCUCCUCUCUCAGGGCAUCUUCGUGACAAGGGUCCAGCCUGAGGGACCUGCCUCCAAGAUACUCCAGCCUGGAGACAAGAUCCUCCAGGUAAACCCAAUAAUACCAUUCCCUCUAUGUCCCCAUCACUAUAAAUCGAUACUGUAUCGAUUAUUUGCUGAACACGUUUACCUACUACAAAAUACCUUACACAUCAGAGCCAAAGUUGCCAUCUUGGUGUUGAGCUAUAUCUCUCCUUGUUUCCCCCCAGGCGAACGGAUAUAGCUUUGUGAACGUUGACCAUGGGAAUGCCGUGGCACUGCUGAAGACGUUUCCCACCACUGUUGAUAUGAUCAUCGUCCGAGAGUUGGCGGCG